AUAGUUGUCGUAUCUUUGUUGCACCAAAUAAUGAAGCCCGAGCAUUAUGGGUUGCCAAACUAUGGGAUGCAAAGAAGGCAAGUUUAAAAAAAAUGAUAAAAAUGCCUGUUAAAGAACCAUCAGCAGAGGAGUUGAACAACGAAACGGAAUUUUAUGAACGAAAUGGAUUUCGUGGUGGAAUCAAUGGGUUCCCUGACGCAGCAGGAAUCGUUAGUGGCGAAAAAAUUGACACUGCGACCACUAGCACAAAGAGAGUGAGGGCAUAUUGGGGAGUUGAUAGGCACCCAGAAUUGAUUAUAAAGGUGUUGAACGCUGUAGGAAAGCCAGACGAGAAUGAAGAGAUCUCAAAAUUAGAUGACCCCUCAGCGACAUCAUCGACUUUAACAUCAUCCUUACAUCCUGAAGAAAAAUUGUCUCAACGGCUUAUUCGCGGAGGAUCAAUCGACUCAUUAAUUCACGAACUCAUAUUUGAGACGCAAAAGGGGAAUCAAAAAGAUGGUGAUGAAUUCCUUCAUGCCUUUCUUCUCACAUAUCAACUCUAUACCGAACCCAGUCACAUAUUUCGUGAAUUAAAAAGAUGCACGAGCAUGCGAAUAGAAGAAGAUGAUCAACCAAAUAAGAUUGUCAAGAGAUUGAUAACUAUACUUAUUACAUGGUGUCAAAGUUAUGGGCGCGAUUUAUUACGUGAAGAUGUCUGGAAGGGUAUGAUCGAAAUUAUAGAAGAAGUAGUGAACAGUGAGAGUAUCACUGACGCAGAAAAUUUGAAAAAGCUAAUGCAAGAUACUCGUGAUGAAUUUAAGAAUGAAAACGAGGAGGAAUUUGCAGCGAAAUCGCCCCUGAAUUAUCCUGCAUCUUCGCCGCUUUCCUUGGAUCUCUCAAAUUUACUUGUCACAG